AUGUCUGCUCUCAGCCACGAGAAAGCGGAAACUGCUGAUGCCUCCUCUAGUGCAUCCAGCCAUGCCCAUGAUCAUCUCGAGAGGAGAUUGCUGAGAAAGCUCGAUCUGCGUAUGUCCGCAGUCGUGCUUUUAUAUGCCCUGAACUACAUCGACAGAUCGAAUGCUGCUAGUGCACGGUUGGGAGGUUUCGAGAAAGACCUGCACCUGCAGGGAAAUCAAUAUGCGACGGUGUUGUCUAUCAUGUAUGUGGGAUUCAUCGUCAUGCAGGUGCCAGCGAAUAUGUUUCUGCACUGGCUGGAGAGGCCUUCUAUCCUGAUUCCUUGCAGUAUGGUGAUAUGGGGCGUAUUAUCAGCAUUAACAGGUUUUUAUACGGGGGUCCUCCUCGCCCGUUUCUUUCUUGGGUUUGCCGAAGGACCCUUUUUUCCUGGCACCAUGUAUCUUAUAUCAGGAUGGUACAAACGAGACGAGCUCGCUGUGCGCACGACUCUCGUUUCAUGUGGAAGCGUGCUGAGUGCUGGGUUCGGAGCCGCGUUUGCAUCCGGUAUACUUUCAGGCAUGCAGGGAAAACUUGGUCAAGCUGCGUGGAGGCGAGAAACUGUCGUGUGGUUAUUCUACAUCGAGGGCGGCGCCACCGUUCUAGUCGCGCUUUGUGCAUUUUUUAUUCUUCCUGAUUUCCCACACAAUACCGGAUGGCUCACUCCGGAGGAACGAGCGCUUGCUAUCUCUCGCCUUGCAGAAGAUGGGCAGGGGGAAGCCGACGAGCGAACGACGAUGCAAGGACUGUGGGAUGCGUUGGCUGACUGGAAAGUAUGGUGGUUUUCCAUUGCGCUCAUAGUCCAGUUCGUGUCGAUGUCAUUCGUCAGUUACUUCCCGACGAUCGUCGCGACUCUGGGAUAUGAUGAGACGACGACUUUGUUGCUCGCCGCUCCUCCGUGGGUACUUGCCAUGAUAACUGCUUUUGCAUUUUCAAGGUACUCUGACAAGAAACGAAAACGGUUUGUGUACGUUUUUGCAUCGAAUGCGAUCGCUGCUGUUGGAUUCAUCGUGUCCAUCUGUACGAUGAACACGGCUGUGCGCUAUGUUUCCUUGUUCCUAAUGACCCAAAUCGCCGGUGGACAAAUGGUGCUCAUGGGAUGGAUCACCAACACAUUUGCUAGAGAACCUGCGAAGCGAGCUGUUGCCAUCGCGUUGAUACUUGCGCUGUCGCAAAUAGGGGGUAUCAUUGGGGCGUACGUCUGGCCGCCUAAUUGGGGACCGACAUAUAGGUAUUCGUAUGCUGUUUGUUUUGUGGCUUUUGGGGUGUCGAUGGCCAUGUUUGGCGUGAUGCAUUUGCAUUUGAAGCGUUUGAAUGAGCGGUUUGAGAGGGAUGAGCGGGUGAGGGAUGUGGAUGGUAUUCGGGAUGUUGGUUUUAGAUAUAUGAUUUAG